UUCGGGCCAAAAAAUAGGGCGCUAAAUUCACAUCGCUCAUAGUCUCCUCGUGUUUAUUUUCCCUCUGUUUCUAUAAUUUUCGAAACCUGCUACCCUCUGUAGGGUUAGGGUUUUACUGAUUUCUGCGGCAAUGCCAAGGUACAGGAGCCGAAGCAGGAGCUACAGUCCCCGUCGCGGCAGCAGAACUCCACCACGUGGCCGGAAGCAUUACUAUGAAGAUGAAGGCCCCCGCGAUCGCUACCGCGACAGCCGUUCUCAUCGCGACCGCCGCUCCCCUGCUCCCUCUGGCUUGCUUGUUCGCAAUCUCCCUCUCGAUGCCAGCUCUCUUGGAUUGAAAGACCUAGUGAUGGUGUGGUGCAGGCCUGAAGACCUAAGGGUUCCUUUUGAGAAAUAUGGACCUGUGAAGGAUGUAUAUCUACCAAAAAAUUACUACACUGGUGAGCCACGGGGCUUUGGAUUUGUGAAGUACCGUUAUGCUGAAGAUGCAGCAGAAGCAAAGCAACGAAUGAAUCAUAAAAUUAUUGGUGGGCGUGAGAUAAGAAUUGUUUUUGCUGAGGAGAACAGGAAAACUCCUCAAGAAAUGCGUACAACUGCCCGUGUAAGUGGUCGUUAUGGAGGUAGCCAUAGAGGGAGAACACCACCAAGGUCCCCAAGACGCCAGCAUCGUUCUUACUCACAUUCACCUUCUCCUGCAAGGCAUGAUUCAAGGGAUCAUGGUGCAAGAGAUGAUUAUAACUCUCCAGGGAGAGCCAGGUCAAUUUCACGUUCACGUUCUCCACGAGAUGAGAGGGACUAUAGGUUGAAUGAGAGGUUUCCAAGCCCAAGGCAGAAUGGUCGGAGCCCUCGUGAUGAAGGAGACUAUGCAUCCGCCAGGUCAAGGAGUCCAAGGGGUAAUGGUCGUAGUCAAUCAAGGUCGCCUUCACGGUCUUAUGGUACUGUGGGAGGAUGAGGAGCUCUGCUCUCUGCCUGCCAAACAAUCAUAUGGAUUAGUUUCUCGCUGAUGGCUGUCUAUCUUCCGAUAAAUGUUGCUAUCUUGCGCUGGUAAUGGGUUUUGCAUCAGAAAGUGUAAUUUGGGCAUAAGUUGAGCCGCAUGUAUUUGUCUAUUUGGAUCACCCAUUUUGUUUUAUCGUCUCUUUUUAUCAGUUGUAUGUCGUGAUAUUUUAGCUGCUUCUGUGUUGGCGACUCUUUUGUUGGAAAUUGGUGAAAUGGGAAUCUAAAGUAUCUAAGGCUUGGUUGCUUUUUCA